AGUCACAGGGACGGGACAUGACAUGGGAGUGUGAAGGGGAAAAUUCUUUUCCUUGCUCCUCACUCUUGGUUGAGACUUGACACAGAGGGGGAAGGAGGAGGCGGAAGACAAUUUUUCCUUCUUUUUUCCAUAUAUUUUCGGAGAGAACGAAAUAUAGAAUUUGUUUCUCUCCGCUUUUCGUUUCAGAGAGUGAUUUGCUUCUUUUUCCGGUUAGUUUGAGCUUCUUUUUCCGGUGGGUAGUUUGAGAGAGAAACAGAGACGACUUGCCUCUCGCCCCAGUUCGUUUUAGAGAGAGAAUGGCCCAUCGAUGGGAUUCCGGCAAGGACAGCGGUCGAGACGACAUCGAUUUCAGCAGCAGUGUUGAAGUAGGAGAGUCAGGGGGUUCGUGUUCUCCUCCUCUGUGGAGCUCAGCCUCUGCAUCUGCUAGAGCCCAAGCCAUCGCCACGAGCCGAAAAGAGCUGAUGCAGUUGGUCUCUAGAAUGCCUGAAUCUGGAUACGAGCUCUCUCUCCAAGACCUCGUCGAGCCGACUCCAUCACCCCACCUAGCCUCACCUCGCGACCCAAUACUCAGUCCAUAUAGUUCAAAGAAAAGCCCCACAACCAAGGAGAACAGCGAGAAGAAUUCGAACAAGAGGAAGAAGAACAAGAAGGGCAGGUUGGUGGAAGAGGGUAUGAUGGUUAAGUUGUUCAUCUUUCCUGGCUUUUUUUCAUCGAAGCAGAGCGGAAAGUACUUAAAUUCUUCGCUCUCUUCAAAUUCUUUUUCUUCGAAAGUUUCUCCGAAACCUUUGUUUGGGGUGGGGGUCAGCGAAGGUUAUUACCCAAAGAAGACGUUUUAUGCUGAUGAAAUCAAUAGAACCAGUCCUAACAAGAGCCAGAGGAGGGAUCUUUUGGGGGGGCUGUUGCCUAGCUGCUGGUCAAUGUUGUCCAAGAGUAAAGGCAGUAGAAGAGAAGGAAGAGGAUGCUUUCCACACUUGAAGAAUCUUUUCUGAUGUGAUGAUCAUGAUGCUCAUCCAUUUUCUUGCAACAAGAAACUGCUAGCCUAGUGUGAAAGCCGCGCUAACGAGCAUCCGUUUUCUUUAAUGUGAUAUGUAAAAUAUAUUGUAACAUUUGCAACUCAAGAAAAAAAUGAAUAUUUCUUCUUUGUUGAAUACUGUUGCUGAGAAUCAACACUCUGAAUAUCAUAUUUUCACAUUUUGUGAAGAUUAAGUAACAUUGUGAGUUUU